AUGAGAGUAGAACGAGAACACGCCAGCAAAACAGAAGACCAUUCCCAUUCAGAAGACGAAAAUCAACACGCAUGUUCCCCAAUUGAAUCUACAUACAAUGACUUUUUACUCCAAAAAAUAUCAGAAAUAUUCAACAAGACAGAAAAAGAAGCAUUCUUAAUUGCUUCUGACCAAAAAAGACCAACAACCAUAAGGAUAAAUACACUCAGAGAGACAAGAGAAUCUGUCAUCAAGAAAUUAAUUAAUAGAGGCAUAAAUAUAGAGCCAAUUAAAUGGAAUAAUUGUUCAGCUGUAGUGUAUAACUCAGAUAUACCAAUUGGUGCUACGCCAGAAUACCUGGCUGGCAGUUAUAUCUUGCAGUCACCCACUUCCACACUCGCAGCCAUUGCCUUAAAUCCAACAGAAAAUGAGACAGUCGUAGAUAUGUGCGCAGCACCAGGCGGAAAGACAACGCACUUAGCUGCACUCAUGAACAACACAGGAACCCUUUACGCUAAUGAUGUGUGUCCUAAUAGGGCACUUUCUUUAGUCGCAAAUUUACAACGGAUGGGUGUCACGAAUUCCAUAGUCACAGUCCUUGGGGGAAGAGGAUUGCCUUACAGUAGUGUAGACAAAGUGCUCCUGGAUGCUCCCUGCUCUGGGACUGGUGUAAUUUCAAAAGACCAAAUGAUCAAGCGAAACAAAACUGAGAAAGACAUAAAGAAAUUGCAGUAUCAGCAGAUGGCCCUGCUUCUAAAGGGAUUUGACAUGCUGGAUGCGAAGAGUGCGUCUUCUGUGUUGGUUUAUUCUACGUGUUCAAUUUUAGUUGAAGAGAACGAGUACGUUGUAGAUAAUUUACUGAAGAAAAGGAAGAAUGCACGGCUUGUGGAGACAGAACUGCCCAUUGGUGAAGAAGGCUUCAAAUCCUACAGGGGCUGGGUGUUCCAUCCUUCUUUACGGAUGACCAGAAGAUUCUACCCUCACACCCACAAUACAGACGGAUUUUUCAUUGCGAAAAUCAAAAAAAUUGGCUUCACUGAUGAAGAAAUUGCAGAGAGAAAGCGAGGAAGCGAAAAAAAAUCACCAGAAAAUGAGAAAAAUCAGAAGAAAAAAGAGAAGAAGAUGGGAAAACCCGGGAGAAAGAUGAAAAGUGAAGAAAGAAAGGAGAGAAAGGAGAGAAGGAAGGAAAGAGCUAGCCAAAAUAUUACUGUGAAAAGUAUUAGAAGAGAUAAUGAAUAA